CGAAUUGAAGAGAGAGAGAGAGAAUACAUGGCUGUCAAUAAUUCCGGGAAGGUUCGUUUCUCCCUCGCGUGGUGGUCCCUGCUCGCAACCGCGGCUGUAGUAGCUCUGAUCAGCUGUCGGGGAGCGAGGGCCGCUUUGGAAGCCGGCAACGCCACCACUCCGCGGCGGUGCCACGGGGGCGAGUGCCUCAUCGCUUACCGGCAACCGGAGGUGGAGCUGAUGGCGGUGCUGGACCCGGAGCAGGCCCUGGUCAGCAUGGUGGCGGCCCUCAAACCUGGAGAGGCCGUGGGAAGUUCCGGGAGUCAGGGAAACCCCGCCGAUUGCGGCCGCACAGGGCCCGGACGGUACACAUCAUGCGUUCCCGAGAGCAAUUUGGACCCUCACUACAACCCUUAUCCCCGUAAGGCGUAAGACCCAUGGGAUUUUGGGGAAAUGCUGGUCAAUUUGUCGAUAUCAUUUGGUGGUUUUUGUUUUCAGAGAUAUUGUCAUCAUCAUGUGAUUGCUUUUCGAAUUAUCCCGCAACUGGAGGCUUUACAGCUUCUUCCUUUGGAAUGUUAUUGUUUGUUCGCUGUGUUAUAUACCA